UUUACGUGGCAUUGUCCAGCCGUCCCGUCGGCCAGGUUCGUACGUGCGUACUUGAAUAUAUUUAAAUUUGGAGAUGCGACCGGGAUGAGGCAAGCGAAGCGACACUGGCUGCUAUAAAUGCUGUUAGUGCCGACUGAGGGAUACAGUUCUCAGGUCUAAGCAACCCCGCGCACAUCUCAUCAAACAAAAGAAAUGGCUUUCAAGUUGGUGGUCUUCACCUGUUUGGUUGCGGCCGCCUACGGCAGCGUGGCCCCCGCGGCCAUAGCAGCGGCGCCCGUGGUCGCGGCGCGGCUCGAGGAGUUCGACCCGCUGCCGCAGUACCGCUUUGGCUACGACGUGGCGGACUCACUAACCGGUGAUUACAAGAGCCAGACAGAGCAGCGCGACGGCGACCUGGUGCAGGGUCAGUACUCGCUGAUCGACUCGGAUGGCACGCGUCGUGUUGUGGACUACACUGCCGAUUCAGUUAACGGAUUCAACGCCGUUGUGCGCAAGGAGCCGCUCGUGGCCGCUGCGCCCGCCGUCGUGGCGGAGCCUGCCGUCGUGCCCGCACGCAUCGCCGCCGCUCCAGUAGUGGCGGAGCCCGCCUUUGUUUCCGCACGCAUCGCUGCUGGUCCAGUCGUCGCCCAGCAGCCCGCCUUCGCCCGCUACGCUGUUGCUCCUGCCGUCGCUCCCGCCAGGAUCGCUGCCGCUCCCGUAUUCGCCCGCUACGCUGCCGCUCCCGUCGCUGCUCCCGUGGUGGCCGCUCGGUACGCUGCCGCCCCAGUGGCUGCCGCCGCUCCUGUGGUUGCCGCUCGUUACGCUGCCGCCCCAGUGGCUGCCACCGCUCCUGUGGUCGCCGCUCGUUACGCUGCUGCCCCAGUGGCCGCUGCUCCAGUAACUGCUGCCGCCUACAGAAGUGCAGUAGCUGCGUACAGCGCUGCCUACACGGGUCCUGUCGCGGCGCAGUAUGCCCAGUACGCCGCCCCUCUGGCGGCCUAUAGCGCUCCCGUGGCCGCGGCCUACUCCGCGCCGGCGUACGGCGCGCCCGUAGGGGCAUAUGCUGCGCCCGCGGCACCCGCCCCGGUGUUUGCGCGCGCGGCUCCCGCGAAACUCGUGGCGCCCAACGCCGCGGGAUACUACUACCCCUGAACAGUGAUCACUGACUUGAUGGCUCAUUACUAAAGACUUGAUUUAUAUUUAAGUUAUUCAAAUAUACUUUUUGUUUACUUUUA